GGCUGAUCCGGAAAGCACAGCAUAAAAGGCUGCAGUCCUGCUCUUGGGGAAGGAACAGACCAGGACCAAGGCUCUUUCAUCUGUCUUUUAACAAUUUAAUAGGGCCACCCUGUCAUACACCUGCCCUGUACUGUGUGCUGCUUCUUGCAUCACCAUGACUGGGUGGAGCUGCCUGGUGACAGGAGCCGGAGGAUUUCUGGGCCAGAGGAUCAUCAGCAUGUUGGUGCAGGAGAAGGAGCUGCAGGAGGUCAGGGCCCUGGACAAGGUCUUCAGACCAGAAAUCAAGGAGGAAUUUUCUAAGUUUCAGACAAAGACCAAGGUGACAUUGCUGGAAGGAGACAUUCUGGAUGCCCAGUGCCUGAAGAGAGCCUGCCAGGGCAUCUCGGUUGUCAUCCACACAGCUGCUAUCAUUGAUGUCUGGUGUGUCAACUCCAGACAGACUAUCAUAGAUGUCAAUCUGAAAGGUACCCAGCUCCUGUUGGAGGCUUGCAUCCAAGCUAGUGUGCCAGUCUUCAUCUACACCAGCUCAGUAGAAGUAGCUGGACCUAACUCCUAUAAGGAGAUUAUCCAAAAUGGCACUGAGGAAGAGCACCAUGAAACUACAUGGACUGCUCCAUACCCAUACAGCAAAAAGCUGGCUGAGAAGGCUGUGCUGGCAGCUAACGGGAGCACUCUGAAAAAUGGGGACACUUUGUGGACUUGUUCCUUAAGGCCCAUGUACAUCUAUGGGGAAGGAAGCCCUUUACUUUCUCGUCUUGUGAUGCAGACCCUCAGGAACAAUGGGGUCAUGAGAAGAGAAGGCAAGCAUUCUGAAGUCAAUCCAGUCUAUGUGGGCAACGUGGCCUGGGCACACAUUCUGGCCUCCAGGAGCCUGCGGGACCCCAAGAAGGCUGCAAGCAUUGGAGGACAGUUCUACUACAUCUCAGAUGACACACCUCACCAAAGCUAUGAUAAAUUGAAUUACACCUUGUGCAAAGCAGGUGGCUUCUGUGUUGAUUCCAGGCUGAGCCUUCCUCUCUCUCUGAUGUACUGGCUUGCCUUCCUGCUAGAAAUAGUGAGCUUCUUGCUGAGUCCAAUUUACCAAUAUCAACCCCCUUUCAGUCGCCAUAUACUGACAGUGUCAAAUAGUGUGUUCACCUUCUCCUACAAGAAAGCUCAACGAGAUCUGGGGUAUAACCCCUUAUAUAGCUGGGAAGAAGCAAAAAAGAAAACCAUGGGGUGGGUCACUUCCCUGACAGAGCAGCUUAGGGAAACUAUAAAGACAAAGUCUAAGUGAUGUGAAGAUGACAGGGAUAUGGCCAUGGCUGUUGUCAGGAGCUGUCAGCUUCUUCCUCCUGGUUUCUUCCAGAAAGUGACAAGCCCAAGUCCAACAACCUCCCUUUGACACAACCAACUUAGCAUCUUCCUCAGAAAACAUCCCAAUCACUAGUCCAACCAAAAGCUUUCUGCCCUAAUCACAUGUCUGAAAAAAUUAAGCUGUUUUGCUUCACUUGUGGUUAUCAGUUUCUGUUGCUGGUUUUGAACUGUUUGGGACUUAUAACUUAGAAUUUUGUCUAUUGGUUCCAUUAUCUUACUCCAAGGCUAAAGUGUUUCUUUUCUUUGGAAAAAUCUUGUUCCUUCACAAAUCUCAAUGAAAAGAUCAAUAAAUGGUUUUA